GAUCACUCCGUUCCAUGAAAUCCAGUUCAGGUUUCCUCUCCAACCCAGAACCGGGAAAACCUCAAAACAUCUUCCGCUUUUUCCACGUAUUCUUGAGGCGUGUUUCAAUUAAAUUAAUUAACAAAUGCGCGCACAAGACGCGUGACAGCGGUAAUUGGGGCACACACAAUGCAUAACAGUGAGCGAGUUCGUCUUUAAAGCAGCACAGUUUACAAGUCUGAGCCACAUUAGCAGCUCGUUCUCGAGGGCCUACGUCCGAACCUCGAGACCUCCGGCCUCGCUUGGAUUUCCGCGGGGUCUUAAGCGCUGGAGGCCUGGCCGAGGCGACCAGGCGAGCCCGGUUGGGUGGGUUACGGGGUUUGUUGCUGGUGCCGCGUCCGCCCGAUUUUGUGGCGCUGGCAACGAUGAAAGCGGCGGUCCUGAGCUAUGUUCUCGUGGGCGUCCAGCUGCUGCUGCUGGCGGCGAUGCUGCUCACGCAGGGCUUCGCCGUGGAGACGGCGAAGCCUCCGAGCCUGGAGCCCGGGGCGGGCGCAGGAGCCGAGAUCGGGGCUGAGGACGGGGGCGCCGAGAACAGCACUGAUCCACCGUCGGCUUCGUCUUCAUCAUCACCGUCGUCGUCGUUGUUAGAUGCCUGGUCUUUAUCAUCCCGCUCAGUGGCGGAGGAGUCGGUAGAAGACCAGGAGGACACGAUGAGAGCCGAAGUCAAAGACCACGAGAUCUUCGAGGGUGGAGAGACGAGCGGCGCCCAAUACGACCCCAUGUCGCCGAAUGUUAUGUGCAGCUUCCUGCCUGAUGAGUUUGUGGAAUGCGAAGAGCCAGUGGACCAUAACAACAAUGAAACAGCCUUGCACGAACUUGGAUACGGAUGUUUAAAGUUUGGGGGCCAUGCUUACAAGGAUGUGAAUCACACUAAAGUAGUUUGCACGGCUCUCCCUAAGAUUGAGUGCGUUGGCAAAAGGACUUUUCUUCGGGGACACGUGCCCUGCAUCAAGUACAAUGGGCACUACUUCGUCACCACGCUGCUUUACUCGUUUUUCCUGGGCUGCUUUGGGGUGGACCGCUUCUGCCUGGGCCACACGGGCACGGCGGUUGGCAAGCUGCUGACGCUUGGCGGGCUUGGCAUUUGGUGGUUUGUGGACCUGAUCCUGCUCAUCACAGGAGGUCUCAUGCCUAGCGAUGGCAGCAACUGGUGCACCUUCUAUUGAGCCGUGUAGGCUGGAAGGAACUUGUGGCAGCGGACUAAGAUUCUGCUAACUUUCAAAUUCUGCUGCAUCUGGAAUGACAAACUUUCCUGCACCUCCGUUGGCUAUGUGUGGUGGGACAGAAGUUCUACAUACAUACAUAUAAACUUCUAGAAAGACAAACACUUGUAGCUGGCCUGACUUCAACAAAAUGACUUAACUUUGUGCAAUCAGCAGAUAUGUUUGUUCUUUUGUUUGCAUUUAUUUGGCACAUGGUUUACACAUGCACAGGUUUGUAAAGUAAAUUGUAAAUGAGCCUGCUUAAGCAAUGCUGUUAUUUUUUUUGUAAAUCAUUUUUUUAUUUUAUAGGAAGAGAAGUCAUUUUUAUUGUCAAAAGGAAAUGACCAUUAUAAAUGCCUUGCUGCCAUGUGGUCAUGUCAUAGUUUUCAAAUCUUGAUAUAUACAGUAAACAUGCUCUUUUAACUCCAUGGCAUCAUGUUCGUUAAAAGUUUUUUUUUUACUUUUGCAUGCCUUUUGUUUCUCACACGAUGCAGUUCCAAAAAGGGAACUGUUUAAACAAAACAAUUAUUGGGCCCUUUGGUCCAUGGGUUAAUGUAUAUUUAUGAUAAUUUCCCAAGAAGUGCACACAUGGUCCUAAAUUUUACACGCUCAAAUUUGUGACGGUUAAGUAAUUUAACAUUUUUGUUUGUGUUAUGUCACAGGUUGUGUUCUUUUUUUAAGUUGAGUAAAUAAAUGUUAAAGUUUCUGGAAAUACGAAUUACAGCAAUUUUAUGGCUCUCCAUUCUUUUCCUGAAAUAAAUCUCAUUGGCUGCAGCGAGGAGAUCGGUUCUCAUUAGUCAGAAAUAUCCCCGCCAUCUCUGGAGGCUUAAGUAAGCGCUUGGGCAAUGGAGGGGAGGAAUAAGGCUAUGGGAUGCACAGUUAUGUAUACAAAACUAUUUCCACAGCGUAAAUUUUAUACCUGUUGGCUUUUAAGAAAAUGUGUGGAUAAGAGCUUUCGUUCUUUUUGUAAAUAUAACACUUUUUAUUUGACACAUGUAAAACGUGUAGGCCAUUAGUGUACUUUUGCAUGAACGCCUUCCGACACCAUUUCUGUCUUGUGGGUUGUUUGGACAAUGUUUCACCAGGAUGAUCAGUGUGGGUUGGUGAAGAGGUGGUAAUUAACUGGUUCAGAUAUCAGCCGCCAUUGAUGCUAGCCAUGGGGUGGAAUCCUACUCGGGUGCCUGUUUUAUAUAACGGUUAUGUCACUACUCCACUAUGGAUUAAAGGCAGAAUUUAGCUCCUGUAGUGAGUACGUUUGGGAUAAUGUGGAAGAGUGAAGUGGUGUAGUGUAAUGUGCUAACCUUGUGGCAGUAUUGACAGAAUGUUAAUAGUGGCAGAAGAAAAAAACAUCCUUACCAGCAGCCAUUGCCUAUCCACUGCUGGAUACUUUACCUACGCCAUCUCAAAGUUCUGUGGUGACACAAUCUUCAUUCGUGAAAAAUUAAGGAACAUUUUCCCUCUUAGUCAUUGCUGUUUAUCCUUUUUUCGGCGCGUUCUUUUCUUUGGCCGUCCUUCAACGACCAGUUUCAUCCACGAGCAGAGCAAACGACCCCGCACGGCAGGUGACCACGUACAGUCAGGGGAAACCUCGCACAGCAGGCAAAUGCGCACAAUGGGCACCGACGCGGCAUGGGCGGCUGCAAGCUGGCAGUUGUGCCAGUGAACACGUGAACCUGCCACCUGCAUUCCGAAGAGCAUGUGCGGCACAAAUGUAGCCCCUGAAUGCACUGCAGAAUGUCUAAUGACCCAUCCCCCGCAUUUUGUCCUGCAGCCCUCAUAUUUUGCAUCAUUAUCACGAUCAUCUUUUAAAAAAACAUUUUUUUGUAUAAAAUAUGAUCACCCUAGGGAGGGAGGGAGUAGUCACUGCAUUGGCAGCAUGCAUUUUCAUCAUCAAUUGUGAAUUUGUGAGUAUAAAAAAAGUAAACGGUAAUCUUCC